UGUUAAUUUUUGCUUAAAAGGCCCAAUUGUAAAGAUGCAAUUUAAUUAUUUAAGUUAAUUCAAUUUCAAAUUGUGAUUGAAUAUGGGUCUACAUUUUGUGAAAUUAAAUUAUUUUUGUUUCACAUUGCUUACACUAGUGAGUGUUAUGAAUGCACUCAUAAAUGAAAACAAAACUGUACCUAAAAAAUUAAAAGAUAAAGAGGAUAUUAUAUGUGCGAGGUGUAACAAAAAUUUAGCAUUGACCCUUUGUUAUAAAUGUAGAACUCCACAUUGUCACGAUUGUAGAGUUAACAGUAAAAUAAUUAAAAUAGGUUUUUGUCCAGUAUGUGUUAAAAUGGAAUACGAAAAAAAAAAAAAAUUGGAAUCUUCAUUAAAAUCAAAAAAAAUUGUCAAGCCGCAUGAUUCUUCAGUAGAAGAACCAGCUAUAAUAGAAACUGUGUGUGAUUUGAACAACGAUAACGAAUCAAAUAUGAAAUCAACUUUUGAAAAUUGGAUGGUAGGACUUGAGGACAGUGUAUCUUACAAGGAUUUUUUUGAAUAUUGUGUCAAUGAAGAAAAACUAUCAGAAAUUGAUGAUAAUAUCACGAAAGAUAAUAACAAUCCAAAAAUAAUUGACAACGAAUAAUUACUUUUUUAACAUCAUUAUAUAUAAAAUAUUUGCUUAAUUUAUUAUUUUUGUUAAGAAUGUAAUAAAUUUUUGCCAACAUUAAAAUUUCAAAUAAAUCAAAUUAAAGUUCGUUAAAAUUAAAAUAA